AUUUCUGUUUUGAUUGGAUUUUGAAUUUUAUGCAAUGGUGACCGUGGAUGUGGAGUACUGCGGCGUUUGCAACUUCAAGCUGCAGUGCCAUCUGCUGCGCCAAUUCCUCUUGGAGGCGGCCGGCCCCGGUGUGGAGGUCAACUGUCGUCAGGGCAGACGCGGCUCCUUUGAGGUGACGAUCGACAAGCAGCUGGUGCACUCGAAGCUGGCCUCCCUGGCCUUUCCCGACCACCAGAGCGUGCUCCAACAGGUGCGUCGGGCGGAGAGCGGCGCGCCCGUGGAGACGGUCCAGGCGGCUCCCAUCAAAGAUUGCGCUCUAAUGUGAUUCGAAUACAGAAGGAGUGUGCAUAGAUUUAUUCCUAGAUUAAAAAAAACA